CUCGAUUUCACAAUUUAACGUUAUUGCAUCGAUCUGUUCUUCAUGGCAUCAUCGACGACCCACCAGCGCGGUGGCGAUGUCCAGAAGCUUCUCGACGCCAAUGACAAGAUGCUGUACACAUGGAACAACCUCCUAGAGAGCCGACCCACGCUGGACAAAAAGAACGAGUACAAGGAGUGGCAUGUCAAAUGCGUCCGAUACAAAGAGCAAAUCGCUCGAUCCCUCGAACGGCUGGCAGCGCUAGCAGAUGACCAGAUUGCCAAGAAGGACUCCAAUGGUCCCACUGCGGCGACUGCGACCUCGCCCGCCGCACCAUCGUCCUCGUCGACAGCAGCGGGAAACGUAGACCCUUCCGCGACACAACAGCAACAACAUUUACAAAAACAGAAAAUGCUACAACAGCAGCAUUUGCUCCAAUUGCAAAAUCAGCAAAAUCAGCAACAGCAGCAACUACAAGCGGCCCAAUUGCAGCAGAAAAAGCAGCAGCAGCAAUUGCAUCAACAACACCACAACAUGCAGCAACACGCGACGUCAACCACCUCUGCGCCUCCCACUGGCUUUCCUCCUGGGACAGACUUGGCGGCGAUGCAGCUCGCGAUGAGCCAAAUGAUGCCGAUGAACAUGAACCAAAUGAUGGCUGGGUACCCAACCAUGAACAAUGCGGCCGCGGACAUGUCCAACCUCUUUCUCAUGGCGAAUGGCAAUGCUGGUGGAACUAACGGUGCUGGAAACAGCAACGUCGACGGCAUGAAUCAUAUGAACCUGUUCAACUACAACAUGCAAGCGGCGGCGGCCGCGGCCUACGGGAACCAACUAUAUGGAGCCAACUUCAACCCUGCCCUCGUUCAAAACAUGAUGGGUGGUGGCGGCGGCGGUGGGUACCCUGCCCAAGCCGUAAUGCAAGCUCAAAUGGCGGCGGGCAAUGGGUCCAACAACACCCAAGGGUUUCCAUAUUCCACCGUGGCGACGACGACCAACGCCACCAGCACUUCGUCCGCCACGACAGCGACGUCGGCCGCGGACCCCAGUCUGUUCUUUUCCGACAACGACACUGUGCGAAACGUCAUGGACGACUUCAUGUCGUCGUCCGAGUAAAUAAUAAAAGACCGUACAAGCUUGGUGCUGUUUGCAUGCUAGACUACCGCCCCUGGGCCGGCUGGAGGUGC